CAUAGUAGUUAAGGCCACCUAAUAUAAAGUGGGACCACUUAAAAUAUUCUCUACAGUUAUUGCAUUGCUAUAUUCUAUGAAUUCUGUUAUUAGCACGUUUUGUUGCUUUUAAUCUAAAAUAUUUUCAUAUAAAACUAGUUAGAAUGAUCAAAGGCUGAUCUGAUCAGAAGUAAAAGUGAGUGCAAAAUUAGUGCAUGCAGAAUCACAGCUUGCCACUCAGAGUUCUGUUGAAAAAAAACAAGCACCUGUAAGAGAAAAUAGGAGCAUGUCUAUUUGAAUACUCACUGGUGCAGCUGGGGGUUUUAUUGUUUUAGACAAUUGAAUGUGAAUUGUAGAGCUGUUCACCAUGGUCCAAAAAAUGUAUACUCUGACAAAUGUCACACUGGAAGGCCAUUGAAAUAAUGGAGAAUUAUGAUCAAGUGUUUCAUUUGAGAAGAUUACGAGUGGAUUUGGCUCUUUAAACAAAAGUUAAACACAUUCAAGCACUGAGUAUCACCAAAGGAGGAGUUUGCCAGUGCUUCCCAUGUAGCCUUAAACUGGGAUUUCUUGUCUGCAGAUGCUUGGCUGAGAGUUGAGUUCUGAAGGCCAAAAUCAGAGCGUUUCCAUGACUCAUGCCUCAUUUUAGCGUUAAAGCAAAUACCGCAGCUAAUAUUUAAAUGUCUGUAUUGAAUAGGAAUGAGAAAUGUAAUUCAUUAUCUCCAUCUUAAAAUAACAAUAGAGCACCUCCAUGUUGAAGCAGUUCGGAGUAUGGGAUUGGUUGAUAUUUAUUGAUGUAAUGUGUCCCACUGCAGUUUUUCCAUCCACCUCUCGAGCCUGUAACAUGAAGCCUUAGAAUCCAGAGGCAUUCUCUGCCGCCUGCAGGGUUACUGAGAGUUAAACACAGAGAUGUGUAUUGACCUCUCCAGGUCUGUUGACCCCUGCUGCUUACAUAAUCAUGAGCUUUCAUCACUGAGAAAAUGGUGAUAAUAUGAGACCAUGGAAUGACCAAGUACAUCUGACAGCUGUUUUACUAGGUGGUGAUUUCAUAUGAAUUCAUUCAAAUAAAAAAAUAAUAAUAAUGUAAACAUAAAGAACGUGAAUGAAAUGCUACAAAUUUGUUUGAAUUCCUACAAACAAGCCUCCAAUUCACCAAAAUGUUAAAUGGCUACAAAUUUCCAUGUGAUUGUUGGAAAUUACGCUUAAUAAUACAGCCUAAUUUCAAAGGUAGAUUUGCUUAGAGAUUCUGAAGAAAAUCCCAAUAAAUAAAAAAAUAAAUAUAGUUUUGAACAAUCUAUGUUAGUGUAGCUACCCAUAAAUAAAUAUACGUGUGUGUGUGUGUGUGUGUGUGUGUGUGUGCUCUUGUUUUUGUGACGUAUCAGUACACAACUCUGUAUAAUGACAUGGGUAUGACAGGUAUUACAAGGAGAGGGUGACUUAUGAGGACAUUACCAAUUGUGUUCAAUUUUGGAGCUUGUUUUUAUGAUAUACCUCUUAAAGCUUUAUUUGUAAAAAAAAAAAAAAAAAAAAUGAAUCUUAAAACUGCUGAAAAUUGUCUCUUGCUGGUUUAUUGAAUGCUAAAUGAUGUGCUAUAUAUAAACACAUGUCUCUACAAAGGUAAUAUACUGUAGGCCUGUCUGUUUUUUCAGUUGAAUGAAAGUAGGCCAAGUAACCUGGCAACGUGAUGAAUCCGACCUCUUAUCUUAUUCUUAUCUUAUUCUUAUUUAGUCACGUGUGGCAUUUAAAUGGAAUAUAAUCUAUAACGGCAGAUUGCAUUAGUUUUAUGUGAGCACUGUACAAGAUUUUAUUUCCACAUAAAAAAAAAAAAAAAAAAAACCCUUUUAAGUUCACCUUUUUCACCCGGCUCAUACUUCACAUAUCCACUCCCUUUACUUUAUGAUUUCCCUGUCAAUAAGGAUGUUUUCCUGUGUGCUUAUUGUUUACCUUCCUGGUAUCAAAUUCAUUCAAAUAAAAAAAUAAUAAUAAUGUAAACAUAAAGAGCGUGAAUGAAAUGCUACAAAUUUGUUUGAAUUCCUACAAAUAAGCCUCCAAUUCACCAAAAUGUUAAAUGGCUACAAAUUUCCAUGUGAUUGUUGGAAAUAACGCUUAAUAAUACAGCCUAAUUUCAAAGGUAUUUGCUUAGAGAUUCUGAAGAAAAUCCCAAUAAAUAAAAAAAUAAAUAUAGUUUUGAACAAUCUAUGUUAGUGUAGCUACCCAUAAAUAAAUAUACGUGUGUGUGUGUGUGUGUGUGUGUGUGUGUGUGUGUGUGUGUGUGUGUGUGUGUGUGUGUGUGUGUGUGUGUGCUCUUGUUUUUGUGACAUAUCAGGACACAACUCUGUAUAAUGACAUGGGUAUGACAGGUAUUACAAGGAGAGGGUGACUUAUGAGGACAUGACCAAUUGUGUUCAAUUUUGGAGAUUUUAUUUCCACAUAAAAAAAAAAAAAAAAAAAACACAUUUAAGUUCACCUUUUUCACCCGGCUCAUACUUCACAUAUCCACUCCCUUUACUUUAUGAUUUCCCUGUCAAUAAGGAUGUUUUCCUGUGUGCUCAUUGUUUACCUUCCUGGUAUCAGGCGCAUAUAAACCCUCUUAUUCCUGACACGCAUAAGCUGUACUGAUAUUUUCUGGAAAGCAACCCAGCAUCGCUGUUUGAUUUUGUGAAGAUGAAUAAACAGUUUCUCUUCCUGGUUUUUGGGCUGAAUCUUCAUGCUGUAACUGCAUACACCAAUGGAAUGGUGACUCUGGCAUGCACAUCUAUGACUCCUAAUCAUAGAAAUAAUACUGCCUCUAUAUUAAAACCUCCUUAUAGAGUCACCAAAGACGUCUCAAAAUACACAGCGGGUCAGGUGAUCAAAGUGACAUUGCAGGCAAAUGAGACUGGGUUCAGGGGCUUUCUUCUUCAGGCCAGGGAUGAGACGGGUCCAGUAGGAACUUUCACAGUCACAGGAAACGAUGCUCAAUUACUCAACUGUGGAACAGCGGGCUCAGCUGUCAGUCACACUUCAAAUGUUAACAAAUCAACUAUUGUGGCUCUAUGGAAAGCUCCUAACAACAACAACACAGAUAUUCGGUUCAGGGCAACAUUUGUGCAGAAUUUCUCUCUCUUCUGGGUUGAUGUUCAAAGUGAUCCUGUUAGAUUCGUGGGCACAAAUACAACUGUCACCUCACCCCACGGCUCCAGUCCAUCAGUGUCUCUCACAAUCUAUCUUCUUCUUUUACCUCUGCUGGCAAUUAUUUAAAAAACGGGUGAAAAUGUUCAGAAAUCAUAUCUGUUCAAUGUACAAUCAUUGACGUUUAGUUUCGUAUUCAGUAAUGUUAUAUAUUUGUUGAAGUACAAUGGGAAAUAAUAUUUUAAUAAUAUAUUGAUUUUACAUUCUAAAAUAUAAAUGUUCAUUUUGUUACAGCAAAAUACCGGCCUCAUUGUACCCUACUGUUAUAUUCAUAUUUACUGUAUAAAAUGAAGCUUGUAUGACAUAAAUUGAUUUG